UGCGGUGCGUGGGUGUUAGGAGACGCUAAUCGUGGGCGCAGCCAUGUUUCAGGCCCGCUAGAGGAUUUUGUCACUCAGUCCAAUUUGCAGUCACAAAGGCACAAGGGUAGCGGGUGCGUGACUUUUUUUUGGGGGGGGAGUUCAUGGUAAUUUUAGUAGAAGCGCUCGUCUCCCCCGGCCGCAACCGUCGUCUUUCAGCUCGCCGCCAUGGCGACCGACUACUUCUCCGGCAACGAGGCCGCCCACGCUGCGUCGGAGCUGCCAACGCCUUCUGAUACGUCCUACAUGACGCCACAGCCCUCGCUGUCACGGCGCUCGUCCCACUAUGGUACCCCGUCCUCCGAGGGUGCCAUAUCGUCGUCACCAGGUCCACAUGCGCCCGACUUCAACUCCGAUGAUGCCUCCAAUGAUGAAACAUUUUCCACCUUGGACCCAAGGCGAUUCACGCCCUCGCUGCAAGCAAAUCUCGUCGCAGAAAUCCUGUCUUUGCGCCGUGACCUCGAGUCUAAAGAUAGAACUAUUGACGAUCUCGAAGGCACUCUGCAUAACACAAAGGCCGAAAACGAAGUGUUGACCGACAAGCUAUCCACCAGCUUAAGGGAAGGCCGCUCCGCGAAGCGUCAUCUGCAGCAACUGGAAUCCGGCACUCUUUCCGCUCUCGAGGAACUCGUCAAGGAAAGGGACCAAGUCAAGGAAGCCAAUGCCGAACUGAGGAAAAAGCUGGAAGAGACGGAGAAAAAGGCCAGAACCCAGGAAAACGACACGGACCGCACGACCGACCUGUGGGAGCGGGACAAGGAAACCUGGGACUCUGACAAACGGACCCUGGAACGCCGGAUCCAUGUCACGGAAGCUCGCUUGAAGGUCGUACUCGAGGAACUUGCCGCGCAGACUGCAGCAGCACACGAUCACGUGGAGAGCGAACACGACGGCAAUGCCAGGGACCCCGCCCUUGGCAACGACAGUGACACCUCCAGCAUCCGCUCUCUCAAGCGCACCAGUUCCAUCCGACGCAGCCGGACAGGCAGCCAGCUCGGAAGACACGCGCGCGACCCCAGCGUUGGCAGCAUGUGGAGCGUCACCCGUGGAAAGCGGGCUUCGGUCCUCAGCUUUGCCGGUUCCGAGGCGCAGGCCAAACUGGCUGGGUUUAACCUCGCUGAUGAACUGGCUUUCGAUGAGGAUGACGAGGACUAUGACGAUUUGGAUCUGGAUACAGAUGAAUUAUUCGAACAUGAAAUGAGAGCACGGCGCGCUUUGGAAUUCCGGAACUCAAUGCAGUCGGACGGAAAAGCAAGGAAGAUGCUUGGCCUGAUGAACGGCACUUCGACCACGCCGAUUCAAUCGCCGGCACCGUCGAUUGGCACUACCUCGCGGGGACAGAGCAUAGACACGGUACCGGAGCCGAAGGUCGAACCAAAGGUCGAGGCUCCACCAAAGCCGGAGUACGUGGAUACAGGCGUGCAGUUCUCUCCCCCGUCAUCUCCACGCGUUGCGCCAUCUGUCAUGGCAGCCGCAAGGAACAGUGGCCACAUCAUCAGCGCUAUGGACAUCGAAGCAAACCAGAGGAAGAAGCGGGUUUCUAUUAUCGCUCCCGAACCAAAGGAAACUGUUCCACAGCGAAAGUCCGGGCUCAUGGUCUCGACGUCAAGCCAGACGCUGAAUCAGCCGCUCAGUCCCCCGGAAACCCCCACCGUUGGUGCUCCACAGUCCCCACAGACACCUGCAAUGAUCACUGCUUCGACGCAGACGGAUACGGAGACGCCAAAGGAGACGAAGGCCCCGUCUAAACCUGAUACCGAGUUCGCGGUUCCACCAUCACCUUCGAGAGCACCACCUCCGGCUCCCAUUGCUGUUCCUGCUAUCGCUAUCCACCCGCCCAUGUCUUCGCCCAGUUCGCCUAAGGGAUCUCCGCCCGACUCCCCAGAAGAAGCCAUCCUUCCGCCGAACACGAAGAGCACAUCCUGCCAGACAAGCUUCGAUUUGUUGGCGUACCUGCGGUCUAUGGAAAUGCAAAAGGAACCAGCCAGCAUCGACCAGAAAGCCUCCAAAAUCCCGCCCCACCUCCUCCCGUCUGCUCUCUCCUCUAAGCCGGAGACGCCUGUCAAGGAAGAAUUUGGCGAAAGAUCGGCCAUUGCAAUUGGCUUGGCGACGCCGUUUAGGGAAAAGGGCAAGAAUCCCUUGCUUCCUACGACGCAGGAGCUGCUGGAAUCGAUGCGGGCUGCGUCCAACAAGCCAAUCGAGGAUCGGUACCCCGGCAACAACGAUAACGGCCCGCUCGCCCGCGAUACCACGGACGGGAUCAGGCGGCCGUUUAGAACGAGCAGUCUCUUUGCUGGGUUUGGCAGUCCAGACUCGAAUGACGACGAGCAUUCGGCAGCCGAGGAGGAUUCGAGCGAUGAAGAGUACAGGCCGCGGGUCAUCUCGCAGGGCCGAGCGAUCAAGUACAGCCGCGCGUUUGCGAAGCCGCCCACGCCCGUGCCGGAAGAAAAGGAAACGCGCUCGCACCCUUCGUCGGCAAGGUCGUCGUUUGAGCGGCCGUCCAGAGUCGAGAAGCCGGUGCGCACGGCGUCGCACAGGAAGCAGCCGAGCAUGCGCCGCUCGGCCCUCGUGCAGAGCGGGAUUGCGCAGCACGAGCAGGCAUCGCGCAGCCCGAGCCCGGGCGAGGGCUCCAGCAAGUCGGCGCCGCCGUCGCAGAAGCCGCCGUUCCCCGUGCCGACGCGCUCGAGCUCGCGCCGCGUGCCGCUCAGCAAGAGCGAGGGCUCGACGAGCCCGACCCGCCGCGCCACCAACAUGUUUGCGAACCGUCGGCAGAAGAGCGGCGCUAAGCAGCCGCAUGCCCGCCAGGACAGUCUGCGCAAGGUGCGCUCCGCCGCCGUUAUCUCCAAGCCCCGCCCGCGCGACCGCUCGCCGCCGCCGCCGCCGCAGCAGCAGCAGCAGGUUCACUCGUCGCGCCGCUCGGGCCAUAGGAGCCAUCCGUCGAACAGCACGGCAGUGGGCAGCUCGGUGCAGUCAGUGAGCGUGGUGGACGCGAUCGCGGCGACGAUGGUGGGCGAGUGGAUGUGGAAGUACGUGCGGGGGCGGCGGUCAUUUGGCGUAGCAGAUGCGGUGGUGCCAGGCGACAUUGGGCGCGACGACGGCGGCGGCGGCAGCGGGGUGCGGCACAAGCGAUGGGUGUGGAUCUCGCCGUACGAGCGCGCCAUCAUGUGGAGCGGCAAGCAGCCCACGUCAGGCAGCGCGCUGAUGGGCAAGACGGGGCGCAAGCUGACUGUGCAAGCCGUCCACGACGUCAAAGACGACGCCGCGCCGCUCCCGCGCGGCACCACGCACUCGCAAAUCUUCUCCCGCUCCAUCCUCAUCCUCACCCCCGAGCGCGCCCUCCGCUUCACCGCCGUCUCCGCCGAGCGCCACUACAUCUGGCUGACGGCCCUCUCCUUCCUCGCCCACUCCGCCCAGGCCCUCCCCUCCCUGCAGUCGCCGCCCCAGGCCCCCCGCCACGAACACAGCGCGCACAGCAGGCCGACGCCCGCCCUCGGCCGCGCCCCGAUCCGCAACUCGGUGCGCCUGGCCAAAGACCGCUCCUCGCCGCGCGCCGCCAGCGCAAAGUACUACCGCCCGGGCGCCGCCGCCGAGCCCAUCUACGAGCACGAGCAGUUCGAGCCCGCCAUGUCCAUGGCAAUGACAUCGCCCACCUCGCCCCCCAGCGUCUCCGCGCUCAGCGAACCCGCCGCCAGCCCCCCCGAGGUCCCGCGCUUUGGCGCCCCGGCCCCCGCCCUCGCCCUCGGCAGGCCCCAUGGCCGCAAGCGCAGCCUCACUGGCCCCAGCGCCGUGCCGCCCCCGAUCCCGCCCAUGUCCGCUGCCCGCCGCGGCGCGAGCUAUGGCUACGGACCCCGCCGCCCGAGCGUCGACAGCGUGCUCUCGGACGGGGACGCCGCGCUGCCGCCUUCGGUGCCGUUGCGGGGGCAUCAGCAAGCUCAGCAGCAGCAGCAGGUCCAAGGCCGUGCUGGCGGGACGCUCGCAUCGCUGUUUGGGGGCUUGGUGGGCGGUGGUGGGGGUGCGCGUAGAGGGAGCGUGCAUGCUGCUCCUGCUGGUGGUGUGGAAGAGGAGAAGGACGACGACGACGACGACGACGACGACGCUGCCCUCCCGCCUAGUGUGCCGUUGCGCGGGCAUCAGCAGGGUCUAGGGCAGGGACGCGGCAACACGUUCACGUCGCUGAGUAGUGCGCCGUCGAUAUUCGGGGGCGGUGGUGGUGGGGGUGGCGGAGCUGCACCGUCUAUCUUCGGCGGCAGUAGCAGUGCAGGAGGAGGAGGAGGUGUAGGCGGCGCUCCAUCAGCUUCACGCAGCAGCACGCGCCGCCCCAGCGACGCGAGCACGGCCGCGCUGUCCGCUACGACGAGCAACACGACCGUCGGCGCGGGGAUGGGCACCAUGCGCAUGGAGGCGUUUGUGGGUGGGUUGGGCGGGGGUGCGCCGUCGUCUGCGGGCCUGUCGUCCCCUUUUGGCUUUGGUCUGUCCUCCCCAACGCACUCGAACGCGUCCGCGCCGCCGAGUUUGCGGGAGAAGAGCGCGCUGCGGUCGCUGUCUGGCCGGAACGGUGGUGGGGUGGGCAGUCCGGGCGGGAGGAGUGUUGGCAGUAGUGGUAGUGCUGGUGGUGGGGUGGACGGGGAUCUGUUUAGGGGGUUUUAGGUGGGGGGGAGGAAAAUGGGUGCGGUGUUUGUGUGUUUGUGGGUUUGUGGGAGGAGGGGAAAAGGUACGGGUGUUUGUGGUGUUUGUGGUGGUGGCUGUCUGUUUUUGCUGGUUUUUUCGGCGGGUUGUUUUUGUUUGUUUCGGGGUGGUGUAUGUGGCGCCUGGCUCCUGGCUUGCUUUCCCCUCACCCUCUUCUUCCCCUCUUCUUCCCCCUCUCUCUCUUUCUCUCUACCAUCCACAAUCGUCCAUCAUGCGCGCAUUUCAAGCGCAAGACUCGCUAUAUACCCAUCCCAUCCCAUCCCAUCCAUCCAUUAAUCCAAAUUCUGAACAAAUAAAUAAAUAAAUAAAUAAGCAAGCAAGUAUCGAUUUAACUAUCGAUUAAUUAAUUACGGCUGGCUAAGUUACUAGCUAAGUAAAUAGCUGGCUAAAUAGUUAAAGAGAGUAAAGAGAGUAAUAGGCAGGGCUUACUAUAUAGAUAUUUAUAUAUAUACGUACGU